CCUCUUCACUGUUUCAUUCCAAAACCAAAACCUUAUACAACAACAUUUUCUAACAAGUUUGUCUAACUACAACAACAACUGAACCGAAAUGGCUGAGGAGCUUUUUGAAUCGGAUGUUGUUUUUUCCGACCAGGUUGAAUCUGAAGAAGAGAAUGAGACACUGAAGAAGCAGCAGCCGGAGGAGGAGGAGGAGGAGGAGGAGAAUUCUGGUGAUGAGAUUGAUCAGGCUGAGAAGAAGAAGACUGUGGUGAGCUCAAAGCCGAUGAGAAUUCCGGAAGAGACGUUUCGUCGAUGGGGAAAUGAUGACUAUGAGUUUGGCGACGAGGAAGAGAUGGUGCCACCGCACGUGAUUAUGGCGCGGAGGCUGGCCGGAAAGAUGAAAUUCUCGAUGUGUUUUGGGAAUGGAAGGACUUUGAAGGGAAGGGAUUUGAGCAGGGUGAGGAAUUCGAUUCUUAGGAUGACUGGUUUUAUUGAAGUCUAACAUUGUUUGUGUUUGGAUGGUGGGAAAUGGGAGGGAAAGAAUAUGAUUAGUUUUCUUUGUUUUCCUUUUCUGCUUAUCUUUUUAGUUCUGAGAUUGAACUUUUUGGGAGUCUCAUUGAAUGUAAGAGGGAAGAAAAAAUAUAGAAGAAUAUUCGGAGAUAAAUAUUAAUGAAAGUGAAUUUAGUUGUUAAA